AAUGCUUCAGGCGGCUCUUUGCCCUCCCACAUUUUUGGAUUCUGAACCUGAUUUGGAGUGUAAAUUAAUGCUCUCAGGUAUUCUUUGGGAUUUCCACACUGUUGAAGACCUUCGCCUUUAUUUUGAACGUUUUGGUGAACUGGAGCAAGUAGAAAUACUUGGAUAUCCAAAAGGUUGUGGUUUUAUUGUUUUUGAAGAAAGUUCUUCAACAAAAUUUUGUUUGGAAAAUAAUCCCCAUAUAAUAAAUGGAAAACAAAUUGAAGUUAAAAAAGAAGAAGAAAAUGGAGAAAAUAAACAAAAAAGAAGAAGAAAAAAAUAUGGAGGGGGAGGAGAAGGAGGGAAUUGUGGAGGAGGAGGGGAAGGAAAAAUUGGAGGGGAAGGAUUGAAUAAAUUGGCUGAAAAUAAUAAUAAUAAUAAACUACGACUAUUAUCUUCACCUUCAUUUUCAAACUAG